CGCCCUCUAUUUUUCACAUUUUCUUCUCAAAAAUCAGCAAAACCUCUUCCUCCCUCCAUCGUCUCUUCCGCUCUCUCGAUUACAUCGAAUCUUCUCUCUUCUUCUUUCUCCCUCCCUCUCUCUCUCUUUUCUUCUUUCUCUCCACAAGCACCUAUAUAUUGUUCCAUGGAGUUGCCUCGUGCUUCGUGCUCUUGAUCCUUCUCGCUUUCGAGCCCUAAAACGAAAACCUUUACCCAUAACCUAGUAACCCUAUCUCAAAGACCCUAUUCCCUCUCGCUCUUUUCUCAAGCUUGAGAGGCGGUUUCUACAAAAUUGCUGAUCAAUCAACCAUAUCUAAGGUUAGAGGGUGCUGCUGUUGUCAAGAUGAGUUUGCAACAGGCUGCACAGCCCAAAGCUUAUGCUAAUGGAUUUGGUCGUCGAAGAGCUGAAAGGGAAGGCGGGGCAAGAUUGGAGAAUAAGCUGCAAUCUGGAAAAUCAAGUGCGAAUAGAUCAAGUAUGGUUGGUACCAAAGUUGGAAUUUAUGAGAGUCCUUCUCGUGAUCGGCUGGUAUAUUUGUCAACAUGUCUUAUCGGGCACCCUGUGGAAGUUCACCUGAAAAAUGGAUCCAUAUAUUCUGGGACAUGUUAUACAACAAAUGUUGAAAAGGAAUUUGCAAUUAUUCUGAAAAUGGCUCGCUUGACAAAGGAUGUUUCUUUUCGAGGGCAGAAGGCAGAAACCCUUAGCAGGGCUCCUUCAAAGACUUUAAUUAUACCUGGCAAAGAAGUUGUACAAGUGAUAGCAAAGGAUGUGUCUAUAACCAUGGAUAGGAUGAACCAUGAGCUCCAGUGUGAAAAGCAGCAGGAGCUUAUGAUAGACUCCUUUAUAUCACAAUCUCGUCACACUGAAGUGGAGAGAGAGCUGGAACCAUGGGUACCUGAUGAAGAUGACCCACAAUGCCCUGAAUUAGAGAAUAUAUUCAAUGGCUCUCGGAAUAGUAGGGGCUGGGAUCAAUUUGAAACAAAUGAGAUGCUAUUUGGAGUAAAAAGCACCUUUGAUGAAGAACUUUAUACUACAAAGCUGGAGAGGGGUCCUCAGAUGAGAGAGUUGGAGAAGGAAGCUAUGAGAAUAGCAAGAGAAAUUGAGGGUGAGGAUACACAAGACCUUCAUUUAGCUGAGGAAAGAGGGAUCCAACUUUAUGAAAAUUUUGAUAUUGAUGAAGAGACCAGAUUUUCAUCUGUAUAUAGAGGUAUAGUGAUUGACGAUAGUGGAUAUGAUGAAACUGAGGACAUGAUGUUGGAUUCCCGCAAUAGUGAAACCUUUGGAGGUACAUCUGCGCCUUCUACUAUGAAGUCUGCAGAUUUGACCGAUGGGAAGAGUAAUGGAGGAGCUCGAGUUUUAUCAAGUUCUUCUUUGGAUGAGGCACAGUGUUCUCAUUCAAGUACGGGUGCAGAUCAUCAUUCAGGUUCUUAUGAGCAUGCUAGACAGCUGGCAUCUGAGCCACCUUCUAAAAGUUUGUCCACUUCAGAGAGUGAGAGCAGGAUCCAAGAGAACUAUUGUGGUGAACAGGGAGCAAAUGACCGCAUGGAGGAGUGUGUAGAAGAGCAAACUCAGGUUGAAGAUGCUCAUUUGCCAACUUGUGAGGAUUCUCUGUCAUCAUUGAAUGAAAAGAAAGAUGACUCUGAUAAAGGGGUACUAUCCCCUAAUGCAACUGCCUAUGCUCCUUCAUCCAAUGUUUCUUCAAAAAGUUACGAAAAGACAAGUUCUUCUGUUGCACUUUUAGAAGGUGCACCAUCUGUCAAAGGAGUUGGAGAAGCACAACAUUUAAAUUCUCGUGGACGACCUGUCAGUUCUACAUCUUCACAUUCUGAUUGUGUAGGCACUGUCUCAGUUACCAAUGGCCGCGGUUUAUCACCAAGCUCAUCAGUUGGUUCAUUAUCAUCAGAGAAGUCAACACUGAAUCCCCAUGCUAAGGAAUUCAAACUAAAUCCCAAUGCCAAGAGUUUCACCCCUUCUCAAACUCCUGUUAGGCCUCUUUCUCCAGAUGGUUCCCUUUAUUUUCAACCUAACAUUCCUAGUCUGCCACAUAUGCAUGGUGUGCCUAUGGGAAUUGGAAUCGGACCAUCAUUUACUGGCCAUCAGCCGGUUAUAUUUAAUCCACAGGUUGCAUCAUUGCAAACACCACAAGCAUAUUUUCAUCCAGGUGGACCUGAGUAUGGACAGAAUAUGCUUGUUGGCCACCCUAGGCAAGUCUUGUACAUGCCAAGUUACCAACCUGAAAUGCCAUAUAAGGGACGAGAGUUUUAGUCAUCUGACAAUAUUCUUGGCAGUUCCAUUCUGCUCGCAAGGAAUAAACUUCUGGGAGGCUGCUUGGAACAAUUUUCCGGGGACCCAAGCCUGGCAGUCCAUGAAGAUCUAUAGUUUUGACCCCUAUUUGUGCCAGGAGAAGUUGACUAAUUCUGGGAUAUGAUUUUUAGUUUCCUGUAUGCUUCAUUUAUACUAUGAAUGACUGGCUUUCUCAAAUUUCUUUCAACUAGUAUUUUAACAGUGGCUGCUUAUUUUGAUAUGGUAGUUUUUGGAUCAAAUUUAGGUGUA